CCGCCGCCCUCGAGGCCCCCGUUGAUGCCGCACAGCUCGCCCAGCAGCAGCAGCAGCGCCGCCCCCGACAUGGACAAGAACAGCGGGCCCCCCAGCUCCUCCUCAGCCUCUGGGGGCUGCAGCAGCAAAGGACAGCAGCCGCCCCGCGCAGCCUCGGCGGGGCCUGCCGGCGAGUCUAAACCCAAGAGCGAUGGAAAGAAUGCCAGUGGAUCCAAACGUUAUAACCGUAAGCGUGAAACUUCCUACCCCAAAAAUGAAAACUUUAAUAACCAGUCCCGUCGCUCCAACUCACAGAAAAGCAAAACUUUUCACAAGAUGCCCCCUCAGAGGGGCGGCGGCGGCAGCAGCAAGCUCUUUAGCUCUUCUUCUAAUGGUGGAAGACGAGAUGAGGUAGCAGAGGCUCAACGGGCAGAGUUCAGCCCUGCCCAAUUCUCUGGUCCUAAGAAGAUAAAUCUAAACCACUUACUGAAUUUCACUUUUGAACCCCGAGGCCAGGCAGGCCACUUUGAAGGCAGUGGCCAUGGCAGCUGGGGAAAGAGGAACAAAUGGGGACAAAAGCCUUUUAACAAGGAGCUGUUCUUGCAGGCCAACUGCCAGUUUGUCGUGUCUGAAGACCAAGACUACACAGUGAAUUUUGCUGACCCUGACACCUUGGUCAACUGGGACUUUGUGGAACAAGUGCGCAUCUGUAGUCACGAGGUGCCGUCCUGCCCAAUAUGCCUUUACCCGCCAACUGCAGCCAAGAUCACACGCUGUGGGCAUAUUUUCUGCUGGGCGUGCAUACUGCACUACCUUUCAUUGAGUGAGAAGACCUGGAGUAAAUGUCCCAUCUGCUAUAGCUCUGUUCACAAGAAGGAUCUCAAGAGUGUUGUUGCUACAGAGUCACGCCAAUACAUUGUUGGCGAUACCAUCACAAUGCAGCUCAUGAGAAGGGAGAAGGGUGUGUUAGUGGCUUUACCCAAAUCCAAAUGGAUGAAUGUAGAUCAGCCUAUUCACCUUGGAGAUGACCAGCACAGCCAAUAUUCUAAACUCCUGCUGGCCUCCAAGGAGCAGGUGCUACAGAGAGUGAUUCUAGAAGAGAAGGCCGUCCUGGAGCAGCAGCUGGCAGAGGAGAAGCACUCUCCUGAGGCUUGCUUUGUUGAGGCCGCCCUCCAGGAGCUCAAGGCUCGAGAGGAAGCUUUAUCAGGAUUGGAUGCAGCCAGAAGUGGCCAGGUCACUGAUGUCGUGACAGCUGUAGAAGAGCUGGUCCUGAUAGCGGCACCCUUGGACAAAGAGCCGUUGCUCCAGCCCAGCCCCCAGCAGUGUCUACUGGAGUAUCUGUCUGCUUUUGAUGAAGAAAUUGUGGACCCUUGCCCUCGAGGAUCUCCUUCUCCUCCUCUUCCCUCUCCCCACCUGGUGGAAGAGGAGGAGGCAGUGACUGAGCUGGAGCCUGGGGUGGUAACAGAGGUGUAUGACUCGGAGAUCCUGGAUGGAAAUGGUAUAGAAGGGACCACAUGCCACAAAAUCAGCCAGCGGGAGCCCAAGGCCACACUUGGUGCCAGGUCCUUGGGCAGCUCUCCUUGUUACUACUUCUAUCAAGCGGAGGAUGGACAGUACAUGUUUCUGCAUCCCGUGAAUGUGCGCUGCCUCGUGCGGGAGUAUGGGAGCCUGGAGCAGAGCCCUGAGAAGAUCACGGCCACGGUGGUGGAGAUCGCUGGCUACUCUAUAUCGGAGGAUGUUCGACAGCGGCAUCGUUACCUCUGCCAUUUGCCUCUCACCUGUGAAUUCAGCAUCUGUGAACUGGCUCUGCAGCCACCUGUCGUUUCCAAGGAAACUCUGGAAAUGUUUUCAGAUGACAUUGAGAAGAGGCGACGGCUACGGCAGAGAAAGGCUCGGGAGGAGAGACGGAGGGAGCGACGCAUUGAGAUGGAAGAAAACAAAAAGCAGGGCAAGUAUCCUGAAGUCCACAUCGCUCUAGAGAACCUCCAGCAGUUUCCUGCCUUCAAUGCCUGUUCCCCUGAUCCUUCUUUGGUUCUCGCCAGCACUGAGGACCAUGGUUCCUUCUCACAGUCUCCUCUUAGCAGAAGCCCAGGGUCCCAUGCAGGCUCUGUGUUGGCUUCUUUGUCACCCACUGACGGUCAGGGCACCCCUUCAUUCUGCGUUGGGAGCCUGGAGGAAGAGUCUCCCUUUCCUUCCUUUGCCCAGAUGCUGAGGGUUGGAAAAGCAAAGGCAGAUAUGUGGCCCAAAACUGCCUCCAAAAAAGAUGAGAACACUCUAGCUCCUCCUGCCCCUGUGGACAGUGAUGGGGAAAGUGACAACUCAGACCGUGUACCUGUGCCCAGCUUCCAGAAUUCCUUCAGCCAAGCAAUUGAAGCAGCCUUCCUGAAACUGGACACGCCAGCCUCCUCAGACCUGCUCUCUGCAGAAGAGAAGGGAGGAAAGAAAAGGAAGAAACAGAAGAAGAAGCUGUUGUUCAGCACCUCGGUGGUCCACACCAAGUGACUCUCCGCCCCCAUGUCCUCUCCAGCUGGUGUUUUCUUUUCCUUUGCUUUGUUUUGCUGCUAUAGUUUUUAAGGACUUGAGUUUGCACAGAUUAGCUCUGUGGGGGGGAGGGGGAGUUUCCACAGAUCAAGGGGGAAACCAAAGGAACUAAUUUAAAUACGGUGUAUUUUCCAGCUUCCAAUAUUUACACCAGAAUAAAGUAUUGACACUCACAUAAAUGAACCUUCAGUCAAGGUUUCUAGUUCAUGCCAAUUCCAUCUCUUGGCCUAUGUGCAGGUGGUCUUAGCAUUGUACCCCAGCUUCUGGCGCCUGGGAGGCCACGCCUUCUGGGCAGCCUGAGAGCCAUCGAGGCACCGCCAGAAGCAUGGGCUCUAAGGUACAGCUGUGCUCAUCUGACCCCCCCCCCUUUCCUGCUGCGUAUCUCACAGGGUUCUAGAGGACACACUAAUCACAGUUCACAUCUUUUUCUUUUUUCUUUUUUUCACAAGUUAGUCUCUUCUACCUGUUCCGGAUUUUCUUUUUCUUUUUUAAAGAACAGAAGGGUGUGGGAGUAGAUUGGAUUUAGGACAUCCAGCUCAAAUUGCAAUUGUUUUUCUUCUGACUGGCAGACAGCCUGUAGUGCCAAGUUCAGAGGAUUUUUAGGUCUCCAAGUAUACAGCAGUUGGAUUUUGAACUUGCCUGGGAGAGGGAAGACUUCUCCAUCAACCUCUUAACCUAACUCCUCUGGCUCAGCAAGGAAAAGUUAUUGACUCUGAUUGAUUAGAAAGCUGCAGUAACCACAUGCCUAUUUCAUGGUUGGCAUGGAGGCACCAGUGGGACAGGUCUGAGGGACAAAAGCAAGGGACAGUUGGGUAUUUGGCAGAGGAAACCACUGCUAUUGAGCUAGGACCUCUGGUUGGGAUGCAGGAGGCAUACGGGCUUGAUACUGAGCUGGGCUGAAAGCAGUAAGGCCCCAUACAUCUGCAUCUCUCAUUUUCUGGAGCAGUCUCAUUAUGUGCUGCUUGGGGUUUGGUUUGAAGCCGAGUUUCAGUGAUGUGGAUUUUUGUUGUUGUUGAAUAAAGUGACCUCUAGGUGUAACGUAAUGGCGAAGGCAAACAGUUGCAAUAAAUCAUAUGCACAAGA